UAUUGACAUAGCAACCAGGCGACAGAACCGCCAAGUUUUCCUCACUCCGUAUUUGUUUUACCUGUCUCUUUUGCGUUUAAACUACUUCGCUUCACUUUCGACUGCUGCCAUGAAUGGCACAGUGAUAAAAAAGACCCAGGACACGCUGGGUAAAGUGAUAAAGAAACCACCUCUCACGGAAAAACUGCUAAGCAAGCCGCCGUUUCGAUACCUACACGACAUCUUCAGUGAGGUCAUAAGGACCACAGGUUUCAUGAAAGGCUUGUAUGGAGAAAAUGAAAUGAAGUCAGAUAAUGUUAAGGAUAAGGACUCUAAGAUAGUCUUCCUACAGAAAGCAAUAGAUGUCGUGAUGCUGGUGAGUGGCGAGCCCCUGGCAGCAAAACCAGCACGCAUUGUUGCCGGCCAUGAGCCUGAGAAAACCAAUGAGCUGCUGCAGGCCAUGGCCAAGUGCUGCCUCAACAAGAUGUCUAGUGACGAUGCAGUGAAGCGAGUUCUUACAGGAGAAAAGGUAGACACGAAGACGAAGGCCAGCACCUCCAGGUCCCAGGACAAGGAAAAUAGGGAGGGACGUCAUCUGGACAGAGAGGAGAAGAAAAAGAUUACAGAGCGCAGCGGCAGCCGGGACCAGAAGGACCCAAACCAGUCCAAAGAGCAGGAGAGCCGACGAAGAGAUGUGGAGAAAGACCACCACCGUGACAGGGAGCGCCCUGACAAGCACCACCGCAGCGAACAGGACCCCCACGCCAAAGACCGCGACAAAGACAAGAGCCGCGAGCGGGAGCGAGACAGGGACAGAGACAAAGGACGAGCCAAGGACAGGGACAAGGAGAAGGACAGAGAGCGGGAUCGGGAAAGAGAAAAAGACAAGGAGAGAGACAAAGACAGAGAAAAGACGAGAGACAGGGAUUCUCACAGAGAUCGGGAAAGAGACAAACGAAGAGACAGGGACAAAGAGAGAGAGCGACACAAGGAGGGUGAAGAGAAAAACAAAAGUGGAGAGAGUGGCAAUAGCAAGGCCAGAGUAUCAGAGGAACCACAGCAAAAACCCAGCCCUGAAGAGCCCAGCAAAACAGCCAAACCUGUGCCAGCGCCUGCAGAAGCAGUUGAGAACCAGUCUGAUAGUCCAGCUAAAAUACCUCGGCCUUCAUCUGCCAAAGGGCAGAGGCGGAGACCCAAAAUUGGAGGUCAAGAUGAAUCUGACAGUGAUGGAGAUGGAGAUGCUCAGUUAGCCCAGAGAUCUGCCCCUGAGGAAAACGGAGACACUGCAGGCUCCUCAGUGCCAUCCGACAUGGCCUCCAGCAGCAGGCUAAUUCCACGGCCCAGCAGUGCUCGCCCAGCACCUCCUCGAGUCAAGAGACAGGAAAGUUGCACUGAUGUGACCCCAGCUGAGAGGUUGUCCAGUGCCAAGCCUUCAGCACCAGUCAUCAUGGAUGGGAAGAGGCUGUCUGAAGAUGAGGAGGAUGAAGAUGAGCAGUUUGUCGUGGAGGAGGCGGUCCCUCCACCUUCAGAUGCUGCUGAGAUGGAGGUGGAGCGUGCCAGAGAACUCGACAGUGAAGACAAACACGGUGGCCUUGUGAAAAAGAUCCUUGAGACCAAGAAAGACUAUGAAUUGUCCCCAUCCUCCCCCAAAUCUAAAGAACAGAACGUGGUCUCUGAAGCGGCGCAGAGGAAGGAGCGAGAAAUGGUGACACGCGAGAUCGAGCGGCUCCGCUCAUCCAUCCAGAUGGUGUGCCGCAGCACCCUGCCAUUGGGUAAGAUCAUGGACUACAUACAGGAGGACAUGGACGCCAUGCAGGCUGAACUGAACACCUGGCGGAGGGAGAACAAAGAGCAUGCACAGGCCUUGCUGCAGGAGCAGAGAGCGACAGACAGGGCAGUGGAGCCUCUUAAGGUAGAACUAGCUGAGCUGGAGCAGCUGAUCAAGGACCAGCAGGACAAGAUUUGUGCUGUGAAGUCCAACAUACUGAAGAAUGAAGAGAAGAUCCAGAAGAUGGUGACUGGAAUAAACUUCUCCUCCAGAACCUGAAAUGAGUAACAACAUGUACAGUGAAAAAUUGUCCUAAAAAUGCACAGAAGAUGAAGACGAAGUGUUUCUCUUUCAGAACGAUGGUAAGACCAUUUUCCUUGGAGAUCAUGUGGGACAGGACCAAACACUGCGCUAACAGGAUGUUUUGUUAGAAAGUGAGAUGGAGCCAAAGAUAUCAGACACCAUCAGGCAGAUGUUGGUAAAUAAAAGCUCCAUGUGAUGGUUUGGAGGUGUGACUAUUCUAACUCCUGCUGUGACUGGCAGAUAAAUCCAUAAAUAAAUGAAAGAAAUCCUUCUGCUCUGCACACUCAGCUGACUUAUAUUGACCCUUUUUCUGUAAUGGUGCCUUUGUGGAAUGAGCCAAUGCACAGCUCAUGACUUGGAAGUUAGAGUAAAUAGUUGUAUUUAAUGCUGGAUCAGUUCAUGAAGAGCCCUCCAUUUUCCAAAAUCAACAAUAAUUAACAUGAAAGCUUGAUUUGUAGUUCGCUCAGCAAUCACUGGACCAAGUAGUGAUAAUAAUGUGAAACAUCCAUCUUUGUUUUUUAGUUUGAAUUCGUAAAGAAUUGAAACUCUUCAGAGCGUGGCACAUUUUUGUUUCGUUACCUCGCUUCUUAUUUUUCCGGGCUGUGAGGACUUUGGACUAACCGUGCAGUUUGAUUAAAGUAGUCAGCAGGCUUGUGAUCUGGUUCUGUCGCUGUUUUCCAUCUGCUAUAGUGCUACUGGAUUAGCUAUACACCAAUAAUUAAAUAUUAUACAGGUUAUAUUUUUCUAGGGCUUGCAUGGAGAAAUCUACGACUCAUGUGGGGAGUCCCGAUGGCCUAGUCGAUUGAUUGUCGUUUGAGUUUGUUCUGGGACUUUUUGCAUGUUGCACUGAUCUUCUCUGUUUUUUUUGUAAUCCUUUUCUUUCAAGAAAAAAAAUUGACUGUUUCAGCAACCUUUUACUGUGCUUACAGCAACCUUAUUCCAUCUUGUACAAAAAGAUACACAUAUUUUAUCUCUCUGUUAUUUCACUUUUCUGUUUUUGAAGCACUGCUGCACUUUGAUGAGAGUUAUUUGGGAAGGUUCAAGUUGCUUGGAAAAGGCUUUUGACGGCAAAGCAGUGUUAACGUUUCUUUUUUGUAUCUCUUAUAAAACAUAACGUAGACUGGAACACACACACACACACACACAAUUUAAUGUACUUUCAGGGAAACGUACGUGUAUAUCCUUUCUCCUUGCAGUGAGCAUGCAGGAUAGCUGCCAUCGUGGAGGUCCCUUCGCUAUUCGUACUGUAGGAUUUGCCAAACUGUUUCUUUUUUGUGAUGGAGACAAUAUUUGGUCAGAUGGCAACUUUCUGUUUGAACAUUUUAACUUCUUUAUAGAUUAAAAAAGUAGUUAGACAAUAUUUUAUUAGCCCGUUUUGUGACUUUUAAGAAAUGUGCUUUACAGAUGUAGCUAAAAUCUGAAGCAAUACUAGACUGAUGAUUGGAUAGUAGAGACAUGAGACUGGAAGCAACCACUAUCCCAGUUUUCCUGAAAUUAUUUUCCAGUAAUGCUUCUCACUGUCCCUCGCACAGUAAACUAGCUCACCCUCAGUGAAAAUGCAGUUACCACAUUUAAGUAAUAGUACCAAUGUAAUUUUACAUGGUUGUUGCUACUUUUACAGGUGCAGUUGCUACCUCUGUUAGCCCUACUGCAGAUUUGUCUCCCAGAAGAUUUAAUACUGUAGACUGUGACUGGCUGUGACAUCCUGGUCGGAUUGAUGAAUGUAUCAAUGACUUUAGAUGUUUUUUUUCUUAAUGCCCUUUUGUACCAAAACUAGUUUUAUUUUUCCGGAUGUGAAUGUGAUAAACGUACUGUAUCUGCUCUCUCUCUUUUCUGCAUAGGCCUCCAAAACAUCCAUUUUCUGCCCAAAUAUGGGUUUCAGCUUCCAUUGCCUCUUCAGACGAAUGGGUUAAUAAUAGGUUAGGCGCUAAACAGCUGUGUGAAGAGCAUGAAUCGUUUCUGUCACAAUUCUAAUGUCAUGACUUACUAUAUUAAAUGUACACAACAAUUUUUAAAUUGGUACAAGAACCCAGAUUUAUCUUUGUGAAUGGAAUAUAGCUUGAACCAGUAGAUCUAGUAGAACAGGCAACCAGUGGGCAGAAAUGUCCUGUAUAGCUUCUGAUUUUUUUUUGUUAAGACUUUUCAUAAACAUCAGUAACUACAGAAAAAACUAAAUUACCCUCCAAAAGAGGAACACUGCAUUGCUUUAGUGGGAAAUGUCUAGUAAUGCUUUUCGUUUGACGGAUCUUUUUGAUAUCCUCUGAGGAUUCAGCAGUCAGAAAGUUCUCUCAUUCUGUCUGAUUUCAGUAUUAUAUUUAGUUCAUCAAACAUACCGUAACCUAUUGGAAAGUCAAAUUUAAAAAUCUUCCAUGCAUAAACUCCUGGAAAAGUGCGAACCUGCGUGUUCAUGUGUCUUACAUGAAAGGACUACACUGUAAACUAUCUGUAUCAUAUCCUCUGUUUCUUUGUAAACUGUACAUUAUGUAUAUGUGGAGAUUGUAUCAUAGUUCAAAUAAUUCUAUAAUUUUGUAGUGGAGUGAAAUAAAUGGUUACA